AUGACAACGCAAACAUCAGUAGAACAGCCUACAGCAGCGGCGAUGGGAUCACCCGAGAAUCGCUCACGGGCGAGCCCACUCCAAGAAGGCAACCCCCAGCCCAGCAUCACCAGCAGCGCUGGCAAGACGCCCCGUAUUCACUACGUGACCGAGUAUAGAUGGAGAGGCAGCGACCAGCUGAUAUCGUCGCACGACACGGAGAGCCCGCCGGCCCGCAGCAGCAAAGACGACAGACCGGCGUUCCAGGUGGUGCAGACGUUCAAGAGAGACCCUCAGCGGCCGUCGGCGGGCGGCGGCGCCGAGGCGGCACGCGAGCAGAUCAUGCAGGACUCGCUCGCGCCGUCCAGCCACAGCGUCCGCAUCAUGUCGGCCGAGCUGCGCAACGCGAUCCAGAACGUCGUGCGCUACUACCCGGACCAGGACCUCGGCGGAGACGUCAUCGAGAUCCAGGAGCCGUACAUGAUCCUGGUGCACCACUACGACGAGCUGCGCGAGUUCGCAUCCAGCUGCGAGGAGCGUGCGGCGACUCGGCAAGGGUCCGGGAUGAUCUGCGAGCGCGAGGUCGACGCGCCCGCCCACAUCCGUCUCCUGCUCGACUUCCUCGACGGCUCCCUGAUGACCGAGGUCCGCGCCGAGAAGGAGAGGAACGCCAGGGGCUUCUACAGAUGGCAGUGGUCCUGGCUGCGGUACAAGCCCGGGACCAUGAUGCUUCGAACGGUGCACGGGUCGGGCGGUCGAUCUGGAGCCAGCGUCGACACCAAGUGGACGGCCGAGAUCGUGCACUCGGUCCGGGGCGGGACGUUGACGAGCCCGCCGAGGGAUUGGUACUACUCUACUUGGCGGCUCGAGCUCGUUCAAGGCCCUGCCAUCGACCGCGUCUUGUACACCGUCUGGGAGAGCAAGUUCGACGGGGAGAAGUCCACCGUAGAAAAGUUCUUUCCCGAAAUCGGUCACGUCACCGCCGAGGAGGUGAUGGGCGAUCCCAUCGGUGGCCGGAUGCUCGCUGCCGGGAGGGCUUACUGGUCGCUCCUGACCAAGAACUGCAUGGAGUACAAUGGACCAAUGGCCACUUUCCCCUUCAAUACUAUUACAGGUUCAGUCAUGACCGACAUCGAGGCAUACAUCGAGACCCAGUCGCCCAACCUUCCAGAGCCUCUUUCAGACGACCUGAGGGAGUGGGUUACGGAUUGCAGAUGCCCUGCCUGCAAGAGCGGCAAGUCGCUAAACUCGACGGAUCUUAUUGGUCUAGAGGAUUUAGACCGUCUAGACUUGAGCAACAAGCUGCCCACCGGCGACCACGAAGAGGAGACCACGGCGGACCUGAUAGCAUACGUUCUUUUGCCCGAGGAGAUACCUGCCUACGUGUUCAGGACGCGAACGUGGGGUUUCCUCCGCGCCCUCGAGUUCUACCGCGGCAUUCUAUUUCUCACCACCAACCGCGUAGGCUCGUUUGACGACGCCUUCAUCUCGCGCAUCCACGUACAGCUGCGCUACCCACCCUUCAAGGACGAGGAGCGCCAAAAGGUCUGGCGGACCUUCAUCUCCAAGCUCGAGCGUGACCGCGGUGACACCAUACGUCUCAACCUCAACGCCCAGGAGUACAUUGAGGGCAGGGAGAUUCGGGAGCUGGAGUGGAACGGGCGGGAGAUACGAAAUGAGUUCGAGUCGGAUCUGGAUGCCGAGGGCAGGAUCGUGGUCAAGCACGACCAUCUCAGGUCGGUCGUGGAGCUCUCGCGCGACUUUAAGAGUUAUCUCAAAGAUCUGCACCAGGGAGACGAGGCGAAGCGUGCGCUGAGGCAUUCCGAGAGGAUGGAUAGUCAUGAUGGCAGUAGGAGGUGA